ACACACUCCUAAUCUAUAACCGGAGACGCAGAUGGGACAGGACUGGACCAAGAGUGUUCGGUGCAGCUCUCGGAGCGUCUGUCUGUCUCUGCGCAAGAUGCUCAGCAGAACCGGGGAAAACCUAUCGACCGAUUAACUACGUUAGUCCCUGUUAGGUUAAGGAAGAGAGUCAGAAUGACUAUCCCCAAAGAUAUUCCUGAAAAGUGGUUCCCCAUCGUUCUUCCACUGCAACAGAAGAAACAACAAGGACUAGCUGCUAAAACCAAGAAGACGUGGACAGAGGAGGAGAGGAGGGUCCGGGCCAAUGACAGAGAAUACAACGAGAAGUUUCAGUAUGCGAGUAACUGUAUUGUGACGUCUAAGUACAACGUCAUCACCUUUCUGCCCGUCAACCUGUUUGAACAGUUCCAGGAAGUGGCCAACACCUACUUCCUCUUUCUGCUCAUACUGCAGUUGAUUCCUCAGAUCUCGUCUCUCUCCUGGUUCACCACCAUAGUGCCUUUAGUCCUGGUGCUCAGCAUCACUGCAGUAAAGGAUGCCACCGACGACUACUUCCGUCACAAGAGUGACAACCAGGUGAACAACCGGCAGUCUCAGGUCGUCAUCCACGGCUCUCUUCAAAAGGAGAAGUGGAUGAAUGUAAGAGUGGGUGAUAUCAUUAAACUGGAGAAUAACCAGUUUGUGGCAGCUGACCUUCUCUUACUGUCCAGUAGUGAACCUCAUAGCCUCUGUUACAUCGAGACCGCAGAGCUAGAUGGGGAGACCAAUAUGAAGGUGCGUCAGUCUCUGUCUGUGACUGCAGAGCUUGGAGACCCCAACAGCCUGGCCUCUUUUGAUGGUGAGGUGGUCUGUGAGCCUCCCAACAACAAGCUGGACAGGUUCUGUGGUCUUCUGUGCUGGAGAGAUUGUAAAUACCCCCUGAGCAACCACAACAUGUUACUACGAGGCUGUGUUCUCCGCAACACAGAGACCUGCUAUGGACUGGUCAUCUUUGCAGGCCCAGACACCAAGCUGAUGCAGAAUAGUGGUCGCACCAAGUUCAAACGCACAAGCAUCGACCGCCUUAUGAACACACUGGUGCUCUGGAUCUUUGGCUUCAUGGUGUGUAUGGGUGUGAUCCUGGCUGUGGGGAACGCUGUGUGGGAGAGAGAGGUGGGUUCUCUGUUCCAGAGUUACCUGGCCUGGGACCUGCCUGUAGACAACUUCCUGUUCUCUGCUUUCCUCUCCUUCUGGUCCUACGUCAUCAUUCUCAACACCGUGGUGCCCAUCUCACUCUACGUCAGUGUGGAGGUGAUUAGGCUGGGUCAUAGUUACUUUAUAAACUGGGACAGGAAGAUGUUCUGUCCACAGUGUAACACAGCAGCUGAAGCCAGGACCACCACUCUCAACGAGGAACUGGGACAGGUGGAGUACAUCUUCAGUGACAAGACAGGAACUCUCACUCAGAACAUCAUGAGCUUCAGCAAGUGCUCUAUCAAUGGACAUGCCUAUGGUGAGGUGAUCGACCCGUUGGGAGCACAGCCAAAGAGGCUAGACUUCUCCUCCUUCAACCCCCUGGCGGACCCUGACUUCUGUUACUAUGACAACGGUCUCCUGAAGUCGGUGAAGCUGGGAGACCUUCACAGCCACGAGUUCUUCCGGCUGCUUUCCCUCUGUCACACCGUCAUGAGUGAGGAGAAGAAGGAGGGAGAGUUGAUGUAUAAGGCCCAGUCUCCAGAUGAGGGUGCGUUGGUGACAGCAGCCAGGAACUUUGGUUUUGUGUUCCGGUCUAGAACCCCUGGUACUGUCACUGUGACAGAGCUGGGCCGACCCGUCACAUACACACUGCUGGCCAUCCUCGACUUCAACAACAUCCGCAAGAGGAUGUCCGUUAUAGUGCGUAACCCUGAGGGGAGGAUACGUCUAUACUGUAAAGGAGCUGAUACUCUGUUGUUUGAGAGGCUCCACUCCUCCAACAAUCACCUGAUGAACAUCACAACAGAUCACCUUAAUGAGUAUGCUGGGGACGGUUUGCGGACCCUGGCCCUGGCCUACAGAGACCUGUCAGAGGAGCAGUGGGAGGAGUGGUCAGAGAGACACCGCCAAGCAGACAGAGCUACAGACUGUAGAGAGGACAGACUGGCUGACAUAUAUGAACACAUAGAACAGGACAUGAUGCUCCUGGGAGCCACAGCCAUAGAGGAUAAGCUACAGGAGGGAGUUCCUGAGACCAUCGCUAUUCUCUCUCUUGCUAACAUCAAGAUCUGGGUCCUCACAGGAGACAAACAGGAGACAGCAGUUAAUAUAGGUUACUCCUGUAAGAUGCUGACUGGUGAUAUGACUGAGGUGUUCAUCAUCAGUGGAAACACAGUGCUGAGUGUUAGAGAGGAACUCAGGAGAGCGAGGGAGAGGAUGAUAGAGUUUGCCCGUACGAGAGAGGGAGGAAAGGAGGAGGGGAUGGAGGGAUGGGGCGAGGCCUGUUCUCUGGGGAAUGGGUUUGGGGGAGACGGGGGAGGAGAUGGGAGAGAGUGGCCCUCCGUGGGGGACAAACAGCAGCAGUGUCCCCCUCCCCCUUGCCCUCCCGCCCCUCGACCCCCCUCCUCAACCACGCUAGACUCCAUAUCUGGAGAGUUCGCUCUCGUCAUCAACGGACACAGCCUGGCCCAUGCGUUGGAGGCUGAUAUGGAGGGGGAGUUUGUGUCUACAGCGUGUGUCUGUAGAGCAGUGAUCUGCUGCAGGGUGACUCCUCUACAGAAAGCCCUGGUGGUGGAGCUCAUCAAGAAACACAAGAAAGCUGUCACCCUGGCCAUAGGAGACGGGGCUAAUGAUGUUAGCAUGAUCAAGACGGCUCAUAUAGGAGUGGGCAUCAGUGGUCAGGAGGGCAUCCAGGCAGUGCUGGCGUCUGACUACUCCUUCUCCCAGUUCCGCUUCCUCCAGCGCCUGCUGCUGGUCCACGGACGCUGGUCCUACCUCCGCAUGUGUCGGUUCCUCUGCUACUUCUUCUACAAGAACUUUGCCUUCACCAUGGUGCACUUCUGGUUUGGCUUCUUCUGUGGCUUCUCUGCCCAGACAGUAUAUGAUCAGUACUUCAUCACCCUCUAUAACAUCGUCUACACCUCUCUCCCCGUGCUGGCCAUGGGAAUAUUUGACCAGGACGUCCCAGAGCAGCGUAGUCUGGAGUAUCCUAAGCUGUAUGAGCCAGGUCAGCUUAACCUGCUGUUCAACAAGAGAGAGUUCUUCAUCUGUAUAACCCAGGGUAUCUACACUAGUGUUGUGUUGUUCUUCGUACCCUAUGCCAUCCUGUCCCACGGAACCCAGGGCACCGGGGAACCCCUCGCUGACUACCAGACCUUUGCUGUUACCACGGCCACCACCCUGGUGAUCGUGGUCAGUGUGCAGAUUGCUCUGGACACAGGCUACUGGACAGCCAUCAACCAUUUCUUUGUGUGGGGCUCUGUGGGCUCCUUCUUCACCAUCAUGUUGGCUAUGCACAGCCAGACUCUAUUCAGCAUCUUUCCCAACCAGUUCCACUUCAUAGGCAGUGCCCAGAGCACACUGGUCCAGCCGCUGGUGUGGCUGACCAUCGUCUUGGCCACAGUGAUCUGCAUCGUUCCAGUUCUGGCUUUCCGAUUCCUCAAACUGGACCUGAAACCACAGCUCUCUGAUACGGUGCGUUACACCCAGCUGGUGCGUCAGAAGACGAGGAAGCCAGCGGGUCGAUGCAUGGGAGGAGUCAGGGGCGGGGGCGUGCCUGAGGGUCGUCUUGGGGCAAGGGGCGGGUUCAGGAGGUCAGGAUAUGCCUUUGCCCACCAGGAGGGCUUUGGGGAGCUCAUCACCUCUGGGAAGAACAUGAGACUGUCCUCCCUGGCCCUGGCCAACUUUGCCUCCAGACACAGUUCCAGCUGGAUAGACACCCUGCGCAAAAAGAAACACUCAAAUACACAUCCCCCGCAGAACACCUCAGGAGAGAGCAGCCCGGCACCUAGCUAUGUGUCGGGAUCGGCUCCCCCCCUGUCUAAUUCAUCCUCUCUCCUGGGGGGGUCACAGGAUACUCCCCUGGAGGAGGCAACACACACGCUGCCUGUCAUACUCCCACAGGUGGCUUCUGACCCUCCCACAAACACACCUCCAAUGUUAGCUCCAGCCCAGGUCCCCUCUGCUGACGCUCUCACUCCCACCUCUGUGAGGAGUCCUGGGGGAGACUCGGUUGGUGGCUGGAACCUUAGUCUGGGCGCUGUACAGGAUGCUCUAUUUGGUUGGAGGGGCGUCGCCUAUCGCACCAGCGGAACCAGCAGCCCGGGACCUCCCCCUGUUCCCAAGGAAACCAACCACACCGUAUGAGACGGACAGACAGAUGGACAGAUGAUAGAAAGAAGAAGGACAGGCUGUCAUAUCCCACUGGAUUCUCUUGGAAUACGUGAAGAAAUACUGCAUUUGGAAGUUUGGAAUACUGAAGGUGGAAUGUUUGGAAUGGCCCUCACCCUGGGUUAGGAAGAGAUCCAAAGUGGCAGCCAUUGUAGGCAGAAGGCAUGCACACCCAUCAACACCCACUGGCACCCAUAUGACACUGUCGUUGCAAUAGUGUUGGUACAUAUAUGUUUCCGUCUGAAAGACUACUGUGAUUAUUGUUAUUUGACCAUGCUGGUCAUUUAUGAACAUUUGAACAUCUUGGCCAUGUUCUGUUAGAAUCUCCACCCGGCACAGCCAGAAGAGGACUGGCCACCCCUCAUAGCCUGGUUCCU